CUGGCACAAGAAAAUAGAACUUAUCGAAGAUACUUUAGCUGAAACUAAAAAUCUUUGUAGUCAUGAUACGUUUAACAAAUUUUCAUUAUGCCAAACAUCUAUGGAAGUCUUAGAACAAUUAUAUCCUAAUUUGAAAAAUCAAGAAACCGUUCUUAAGGAAAUAAUCGGACAUUCUUUUGCUAAUCAUCGUUCAAAACGUUCUGUUAUCGAUGGCGUAGGAACACUGUUCAAAGUUUUAUUUGGAACAUUAGACAUGGAAGACGCAAAACGCUAUGAUGACGCUAUCAAUAAUUUAGACAAAAACGAACAUGAAUUAAUUACAUUAUUGAAAUCUCAAUCACAAAUUGUAAAAACUACUAUUCAUAAUUUUAAUAAUACGGUAACCGAUCUUAAGAAAAGUGAAAACAUCUUUAGUAAGAAUUUAGAAACUUUAGCUAAUUAUACAAAGAGUACUAAUAAUAAAAUUUUAAACAUUGAUAUGAAACAAAACAUAGACGAACAUCUAUCAUUUUUAACAUUAGUCACAAGUGAAGUGAAUAAUGAAAUAUCUAUGGUUAUUGAUGCCAUAUUAUUCGCUAAAAAUAAUAAUUUACAUCCAAUCAUCAUUACUCCUGAACAGUAUAUUUAUGAACUAAAGAGAACUGUAUCACAUAUUCCGAUUCAUACACAAUAUCCUUUGGAUUUAAAUAUGGAUAACGCAUCGGAUCUGCUAUCGUUAGUUAACAUUAUUUCAUAUUAUAUGAAUGAAAAACUUGUGUUUAUAAUUAAGACUCCAUUAACUAUUCAACAAACUUAUGAUGUGUAUAAUUUAGUUCCUGUACCAAUUUUAAACAGAAAUGAUACUUAUGUAUUUAUACUGCCUACAGAGAAAUAUUUUUUGAUCUCUGAAAAUAAAAUUCAUUAUACAACUAUGGAAAACAUUAAUAUUUGUAAGAAAUUGUCCAACAAUAAUAAUUAUAUUUGUGAAUUUGAUAAACCUUUGUAUUCAGUGUAUGCUAAAGAUAAUUGUGAAUUAACACUAUUCUUGGGUACAAAAAACCAAAUUCCGUCAUCUUGUGAUACUAGAAUUGGUUUAAUAAAAUCAGAACAAUGGUAUAAACUAGGAAAAGAAAAUAGUUGGUUGUUUGUAAUGCCUAGUAAGGUUAUUUCAACUAUUUCUUGUAAAAACGAAGAACCUCAUGAUUUAGAAUUAAAAUCUACAGGUAUUAUAGAAUUACAAAAGAAUUGUAAAUUGUAUUCUCCUAAUAUUAUAUUGCAUUCAUCGAAUCUAGGAAUGAUGUCAAACCAUCUGUCUGUUCUUCCAGAUUUCGAUAUAGUAAAUGAUAAUUGUUGUAACAAAUUAAAAAAUAAUACCGUCGAAGAUAAGUUAAAUUUUAUUCCAUUCAAUAAAUUUAGCAUGAAUUUCAAUGAUUUGAAUAUAGCAAGCCACAAAAUUGAUAAGAUAAAUGAUUUAUUGGAUGAAAUAAAUAAUGAUAAUGUGUUCCAUAAGGUCAAGAAUAAUACAUAUUUUAUAUUCAUA